CGGACCCUUCAUUCAAUGGGCAUUUGAAAAUGGCGGACCAGGACGAGUCGGUGAGGGAGUUCGUUGCAGUUACUGAUGUUGACGAAGAAAGGGCCCGGUUUUUCUUAGAGUCUGCCGGUUGGGAUCUGCAGCUUGCCCUCGCAAGUUUCUUCGAAGACGGAGCAGAAGAUGACAUUGUGACGCUUCCUCCGCCGGAGACCGGCGGUUCGUCCGCUCCUCGGCCUGCAGCGCCCAGUGUUCAGCCCAGGGUGACAUCGUUCAGAGAUCUGAUGCACGAGGAGGAGGAUGACAGUGAUGAAGAGGAGGGGCAAAGGUUCUUUGCUGGGGGUUCGGAGCGCAGCGGCCAGCAGAUCGUGGGGCCCCCCAAGAAGAAGAGCUCCAAUGAGGUGGUGGAGGACCUGUUCAAGGGGGCCAAGGAGCACGGGGCCGUGCCUGUGGAGAAGGCUGGCCGGGGGCCGGGGGAACCCAGCAGGGCCCGGGCGUUUGGGGGAGGGGGCUACCGGCUGGGUGCCGCCCCAGAGGAGCAGUCAGCCUACGUGUCCGGGGAGAGGAGAGGCGCCAACAACCAACAGGAUGUACACGUGGUGUUGAAAUUAUGGAAGACUGGUUUCAGUCUUGACGAAGGUGAGCUCCGGAACUACAGUGACCCCGGCAACGCCAUCUUCCUGGAGUCCAUCCGCAGGGGGGAGAUUCCCCUGGAGCUGAGGCAGCGGUCUCGGGGAGGCCAGGUGAACCUGGACAUGGAGGACCACAGGGAUGAAGACUUCUCCAAACCCAAGGUGGCCUUCAAGGCCUUCGGGGGGGAGGGACAGAAGCUGGGCAGACCUGACGCCAGCGCCACCCCAGACCUGGUGUCGUUGCCGUCGGCGCUGGGCCCUCAGGCCGACCGGGCCGCCAGUGAGGCCCAGGCCAGCUCCUCCGUGACCCUUGACCCCUCGCAGCCCGUCACCAGCAUCCAGAUCCGACUGGCCGAUGGGGGGCGGCUGGUGCAGAAGUUUAACCACACCCACAGCGUGUCCGACGUGCGCCAGUUCCUGGUUGCCGCCCGGCCCAACAUGGCCGCCACCGAGUUCGUUCUCAUGACUACGUUCCCCAACAAGGAGCUGGCGGACGAGAGCCAGAGCCUGAGAGACGCCAACCUGCUGAACGCCGUCAUCGUGCAGCGGCUAAAGUGAUGAGCUCCCCCUGCUGGCCGCGCCCAGGCACAGCACGCCACCAACGCCUCCCGCUCCCAAAGGACUUGUUAUGAAUGGACUGCUAAUUCCUUUAUUUUGUUUUCUAUAGUGGUGCAUUAUACAUGAUCCCCUUUCCCUGUUCCUCCCCCUCGUUUGGCUGUGGUCUGGAGUCCUGGACACGAUGAGGCUGGCUGUGGACAGGAUGACAGGAUGAGGGACAGAGGAUGAGGGACAGAGGAUGAUGUGGUGAUGCGUAGCUAGGGUUUGGUGACCAGGCUGGAGGGUGUAACCUCACAGUAAGGGAAUGGAUGCCGGCUUUAAGAAGGCCUCCUGGUUCCGUGUUCCAUGUCUACAUUCUACAGGUUCUGAUCGUCCAGAGUUCUGUGAGCUGAGCAUUCUGCGUUCUGUCAUCGCCACGGGAACCAGCCAGGGGGAUUCUGAGCCUGAACAGGCUAGGAAGCUCUGUAAAGAGAUGUUCCAAACAUGUCCUCCAGCCUGCACUGUUUGUCCCUCCCUGUCCCUGCUCUCCCCUCUUGUCCAUCUUCUGGUCUCUUCCCCCCCACUCCCCUGGUCCCGCCUCCCCCUGGUCCACGUUCUAGAUAACCUGUGGCAGUGUUGCUAAUGCUACACUGCAGACACACCAGUCCACAGCUCUCUCCCUGCUAACCAGCCCCAUGGAAACCUUGUGCUCGUCCCCUACAACACCACCACAAACCCAGACCCCAAAAUAAGAAAAUACAAAAAAAAUUGAAUUAUUUUUUUAACUGACUUUUUUUCUUUCUUCUUUCAUUUCUUUACUUUACAGAUGCCAGGGUUAUAAAUCCCCUGUAAAGACAAAGUGGGAUUUUGAUGUGUAUAACAUUAACAUUUAGAUUGCUUUACUAUCAAACCAAUGGUUUAACAUAUAGCUCACUUGGGUUGUAGAUUGUUGACACUGGGAUUCGACAAACAGGCAGAUAUGUACCGAUCUUCUCUAUGCACGGGGCCUAAACGGAACCAACGGGAUGAUUGUUUGGACCUCUGGAAAACGAAUAAAAUCUUUUUGUUUGAUGUAAAA